AUGGAGAACAAACUAAAUUUAACUUACAUAACUCUUAAUGGAUAUGUAGAAGUGGAAAAGUACAGAUAUGUCUAUUUUGUCAUUAUUUUUACAAUAUAUGCUCUAGUAAUUUUCUCUAAUUCCACCAUUGUUUAUCUUAUUGUGAUUCAUCAAAGCCUUCAUGAGCCCAUGUAUAUUUUUAUUGCAGCUUUGCUGAUUAACUCUAUUUUUUGCAGCACAACCAUCUACCCAAAGCUUUUGUUUGAUGUUUUAUCUGAAAAACAGAUUAUAUCACACACAAUGUGUCACUUUCAAUUUUUUUUAUUUUACACUUCAGGAGGUUCACAGUUUUUGCUGUUGGCAGCCAUGGCCUAUGACAGAUAUGUGUCUAUAUGCAAACCUUUGAAAUAUCCUGUAAUCAUGAAAAAAACUACCAUCUCUGUUUUCUUGGUCUUAGCGUGGCUUGUGCCUGCUUGUCAGGUUGCAGGAACAUCAUCACUAAGUGCUACUAGAAGAAUGUGUAACUUUACUCUGCGAGGGAUAUUUUGUAAUAAUUCAGUGUACAAACUUCAUUGUGUGAGUUCAAGAGUUCUGGCUAUUUAUGGUGUGAUUGUUUUGCUCAAUGUUGCAUUUUUUCCUAUGCUCUACAUAGUUUUCACUUACACAAGGAUACUUAUAAUAUCCUAUCACAGCUGUAGAGAAGUCAAGAAAAAAGCUGCACAGACCUGCUUACCUCACCUGCUGGUUUUAUUCAACUAUUCAUUGUUCUGUGCAUAUGAUAUUAUUGUACUUCGACUGGAAUCUGAUAUUUCACAGACUGUAGGUUUAAUAAUGACUUUGCAAGUGGUUUUAUAUCAUCCACUAUUUAAUCCAAUCAUAUAUGGACUAAAAAUGAAAGAAAUUUCUAAACACCUAAAGAGGUUGUUCCACCAAGUAAAGUGAUGUAAAAAGAAAUUAUAAGUUGCUCGAUCCUUAAAACAAAUGUGUUAUUAUGUAUUUAUCCCAUGAGAUAUUCUUUAUAUAAUAUUGAUGUAUCUGUGUUCAUACUUUCUUCUUUUUAAAAAGCAAACUCUUACCUGCCUGCCUGUAAUACAGUUAAAUUGUUAAAUGUGAAGAAUGAUAACAUGAUAUUUUGUUUGUAUGUGUUUGGAAUCGUACUGCCUUUUUGGUAACCACUAGAUUAUCAAGAUGCCACAACUGGAAAAAUGCAGAGAUGGAAAAAGAAAGUUCUGCUUGUGAUCAAUUGACAAUGCACUAAUUUCAGUAAUGACCAGCAUUCUGCUGAGAGAGCAGAGAACAGCGAAAAUUAGUGCAUCAAAAUUGAGCAGGCUUAAUGAGGGAGCAUGAGGGCAAGUUUAAUAACGUGUUUGAGAACUAACAGUGUAAGCACGGAUUUUAUGCAUGUGCUUCUCUCUAAAAACAGUGUUGCAAUUCAGAUCAACGAGAGGAAGCUGAAGCUGUCAUGGUUGCGGCUGUGUCCAAGCAGGCGAGGACCCAAACGCAAAACUCACGACAACAAAAUUAAACUCAAAAAGCUGCUUUAUUGCAGAAUGGCACAGAAAACUAAACUGGGACAUGGAUAAACCGACACGCAGGGAAACACAGCCAUGAGGGAGAACGCAACACUGAACUGAGGGAGACGUGGACAUAAAUACACAGAGGGUUAACGAGGGAAGUGGGAGCACAUGGGGAACACAGCUGACACAGAUAAUCAUAACGAGACAUGGCAGGAGUAAACACAACACUGACGGGAGACUGUCAGAGUAAAACAGGAAGUACACAGAGGUGCAGACAGGAGGAGAGAAAGAGCACAGGCAUAGCGGGCUGGGGAAACAUGGACUAAAACACAAGGAGGGGAGACGAGGGCUCACAGACACACAGAGGGGCACACGGGGUAAAAGUCACAAGGGGAAAUCAAAUAAGGAAAAACGUAACACAGCAACCCAGGAACCAUGGCCUAAAUAAGGAACAAAAUACAAAACAUACGAAAACUAAGAAUACUGGGCCAACAUUGCCCAGCACCAUGACAGAAGCAGAAUCAGCAUGUUUUUGAUAUGAAACUGUUGUCUGUUACACAUUGGAUGGGACUGAGUGUGAUCUUGUGGCCUGAAACUCAGAACAAGUGCAGGAUUUUUCCGGGAAAGAGCUUCAUUAUUACAAACUCUGUCACUGAAUUAACAUAAAGACUGUAACUGCUGACCUGUACUAUGUGUACCGUAACAUAAAAGACUGUUUACCAUCAAAUCCCAAGCUGUCUCUAUAAUAAUGACGAUAUUGCCACUUCACCAC